AUGGCCCGCGCCCUCCCGCCCCCACCGCCGCCCGUCGCCGUCCGCCUCGGCGGUAUCAGUCGGUACGACCGCAUGCCCGAGAACAAGUGGCUGCGGCCGCUGUGGAAGAAGGGCGUUCAAAUCGACGCGCACCUCUGCUUCUCCAUGUUUGAGUGGUGGGAGACUGUCAUCCUGAGCCUCAUCGUCUUCCCCAUCACCGCGCUCUUCUGGUACUCGGCCUUCACGUACUUCCCCGCGCACUUCGAGUACAUUUCCCGCCGGUACGCGUACUACGUGUUCGGGGACGAGAGCGUCAGCACGAGCGCCCUGUUGGGCGCGUGGCUUGUUGCUGCUUGGGAGUGGGUGCUGGCUGAGGGGCGGAGGGUGGUAGGGGAUGUGGGCGCCAAGGUUGAGUUGUGAGCGCGCCGCGAGCGCGAGCGCAGCGAGCGUGAGGGAUGACGGGGUGAUGAUUGCUGCGCUCGACACUGGCUGCGCACACCCACUCCACUCCGCCGCGCGGCGACUCGCCGAACCGCACCGCGACCACGACCACCACAACCCGACCCACCUCACCCAUUCCCACACCCACACGCAUCACACACCCCACACC